CAAUACUCGGGCAACGUGCCUGACCUGGAUCGCUUCGAUGCCCAGUUCUUCGGAGUCCACUUCAGGCUUGGACACACCAUGGAUUCCAUGUCCAGGAAGAUGUUGGAACAGACCUACCAAGCUAUUUACGACGCUGGUUUAAAUCCUGAGCAUCUCUCCGGUAAGAAAGUAGGGGUAUAUGUCGGAACGUGCUUCUCUGAAACUGAGAAAGCUUGCUUCUACGUAGCCAGUAGCAGGACUGGGUUUGGAAUUGCUGGAUGUAGCAAAGCCAUGUUUGCGAAUCGCAUUUCUUACUGGCUGAACGCCAAAGGGCCUUCCGUGGCCAUCGAUGAGUCUUGCUGCAGCUCCACUGUGGCCUUGGAUCAGGCCUACCAAGCCAUGCUCCGUGGCGAGUGUGAUGCGGCCAUUGUGGGAGGGGCCAACUUGACUUUGCACCCGCAGUCUUCGGUACACUAUGGAAGGACUAUAAAGAUCUGCAUGGACGGUAAAACCAAGUCAUUCGAUCAGGAUGCUGACGGAUGCGCGAAGUCUGACGCCAUCAACGUGCUAUUCUUACAGAAAGCGAAAGACGCUCUAAGAAUUUACGCCGAAGUCUUGCACGUGAAAAGUGAAUUCUUGUCUUUAGGCAACGAAAAGAAUCCACAGUUCGGUUUCUAUAGAGACCCAAAGAUUGUGAGGAACUUUUUAAGUAAAUUCUACGAUGAAGCCGGAGUAAUGCCGCAGGAUGUAGAGUAUGUUGAAGCUUUUGGAUCAGCGGUACCCAAAGCGGAUAAAUCAGAAUUAGAAGUGAUCGACCAAGUGUUCUGUGAGAACAGAUCGGAUCCACUGCUGGUUGGGAGCGUGAUAUCCAACAUUGGGUAUGCCGAAGCAGCUACUGGGAUAUCAGCUAUAACAAAGGUGCUAUUGGGAUACCACAAUGGCCAAUUAGCAGCCAACCUCCAUUACUCAAAACCCCGGAUGGACAUCGCAGCUUUGAAAGAUGGUCGAAUCCAAAUAUUGACGGAGCACCAGCCCUUUCAAAGGGGAUUGACUGCUGUGAACAGCCUAUCGAUUACUGGAUGCAAUGCCCAUGUUUUGUUGCAUGGACACUAUAAACCAAAAGAUCCAAGCAAAUACAAGUCCAGUAUCCCAUACCUGGUAACAGUUUCGGGAAGACAAGAGUCAGCAGUGCAGUUGAUACUGGAUGACCUGAAGAGCCGCCCGAUAGACCCUGAAGAGCUGGCACUGCUGCACAAUAUCCAUUGCACGGGAAUCAGUGGACAUGUUGGGAGAGGAUUUACUAUACUUGACACGAAUGCGGAGUUGAAGACGUACAGCAUAACAGAGAAGUGCGAGUACUUCGACGCCGCUAAAAAGCCGCUGUGGUUCGUGUACAGCGGCAUGGGCUCACAGUGGGCCGGCAUGGGCGCGCAACUCAUGCGCAUCCCCAUAUUCAGCGAGGCUAUACAAAGAUGCGAUAAAGUGUUAAAGCCUAAAGGUAUUGACAUAGUCCACGUAAUAACUUCUCCUGACAAGACCACGUUCGACAACAUACUGCACUCCUUCGUCGGGAUAGCUGCCAUACAAAUAGGCCUAACUGAUGUAUUGAAAGCUUUAGGUCUAGUACCGGAUAAAAUUAUCGGUCAUAGCGUUGGAGAAGUCGGAUGCGCGUACGCCGACGGCUGCAUCACCGCAGAGGAGAUGAUCUUGUCCGCUUACAGCCGGGGCUUGGUGUCCAUAGAAACACCCUUUAUCCAUGGCUCCAUGGCGGCAGUGGGUCUUGGGUACCAGCAGAUUGUGAAGAUGCUCCCUCCAGAAAUAGAAGUGGCUUGCCAUAACUCCUCCGAGUCCAGCACCAUCUCAGGCCCUGCUGGUGUGAUGAAGGAGUUCGUAGCUUCUCUUACUGCUAAGGGAAUCUUCGCUAAAGAGGUUGCUUGCUCGAACAUUGCCUACCAUUCGCGGUACGUCGCUGAUGCAGGGCCAACCUUAUUCAAGUAUUUAACAGAAGUUAUGAAAACCCCAAAGCCACGGAGCGAAAAAUGGCUCUCUACAUCCGUUCCUCAAGAACGAUGGGGCGAACCAUCUGCCAAGUAUUCUUCUGCAGAGUACCAUACUAACAAUUUACUGAAUCCUGUGCUAUUUGAAGAAACAUCCCGACUGAUUCCACCCAAUGCAGUUCUGGUGGAGAUAGCUCCUCACGGACUACUGCAAGCGAUCCUCAAACGCUCGCUUCCAUCAACUUGCAACAACGUUACUCUGACUCGGCGUGGACAUCCAGAUAAUAAUUUAUUGGUAUUGGAAGGAAUUGGAAAAUUGUUUAUGGAAGGGUACAAUCCGAAAGUGCAAGUUCUGUACCCAAAGAUCGAAUUCCCUGUUUCAACCGGAACACCAUUUCUUUCACAUUUGGUGCAAUGGGUGCACAGCGAGAAGUGGAAUCUCCCAUUAUACAUAUCAGCUCGUAGGAAUAUAGCAGCAGCAACCAAGUACGUUAUUACUCUAUUUGAUGAAGAACAUCGCUAUCUACGAGGAAAUGUCAUCAGGGGACGAAACGUGUAUCCGUUUGCGGCGGCCCUGGUCGCAGUGUGGGACACUUUAGCGAUGUUUACUGGGGAAACGAAGAAGAAAAUGUCUGUGAAAUUCAACGCAGUCGAACUAUUUGUCCAACCAUUUCUUAAUCAUCAGACCCCAUUAAAACUACAGGUAUCUCUUCAUAGAGGAACUGGUCGAUUUGAAGUAAUGGAUGGUAUUUCAAAAGUAGCCACUGGAUUUAUUUUUGCCUCUCAAAUGAAACAUUCGCAUAUCAUGGGUUCAGAACAUAGCAUAGCAACCAAAAAAGAGGACAUGAUAUUCAGCUGCCGAGACAUUUAUCAAAUGCUUAAUGAAAGAGAAUAUUGUUACAAAGAUGACUUCCAAAGUAUUCAAGAAGCGAAUGAAUCUUUCACUGAAGCCAAUAUUAAAUGGAAUGGAAAUUGGGUAACAUUUAUCGAUGGUCUACUGCAAUUGAAUGCUUUGAGUCUAAAACGCGAUGGACUAUCACAACCUGCCUACAUAAGAACUAUCACAAUUGAUACUAGAGAGCAUACUACUGAACAAACCAGUGGUGAUGGAGAUUUGAUGAGAGCAAGAGUGGAUGAAGUAAAUUCUACUACGAGCUGCGGUGGAGUUUCAAUGAAAAAUAUACAGUUUAUAGACUUACCUCCAUCUAAAAAAGAACAGUUGACACUCAACGCAUUAACUUUUGUCCCGCGUUUCCAAUUAGACAUGACUGAUGUGAAAAGUUCGCUACAAAUCCUUCUACAAAUAGUAGCAGAAAAUGAUAACAAAGACGUUAUAAAAGUGCUUGAUGUACUCACUGAUACUGAGCACGAUACUAAAAAUGAUGUGAGAAAUAUCAUAGACGAAGGAUUACAGGGCAUUAAAAUACAGUACGAAAAAAUAACUGAUCUAGAACUGAAACAAAGAAAAGGGAAAAGAAUGCCGAACGUCAGCGUAACUUUACUUCAACGACUGGUGUUAGACACUGAUAUGUUACAACUUCUAGCUGGAAUUCUGCCACCAGAAUCAUUCAUAGUGGUUGCGGAAAACAGUCCCACCUUCGACGCUGAGUUUUCACCUUUCUAUCGGGUCGUAUCUUCUCACAAAAUUGGAAAUACUUAUUUGAAUUUAGCUCGUUGGUCAACUGCAGCACAACCGACCUCCAGAAAAGUCGUUACAGUUCGAAGUCACACUGAUCUGGCUCUACUAUCAUCAUCUAGAAAUAACUUAAAACCAAAUCAGCAACUCGUUGUGGUCACGUCAUAUCCACCUGUAGACGGAAUCAAGGAAUUGGUCAGCAAAUGGAGAAAAGAUUCCCAUCAUAACCAUGUCUAUUUGGUUAUGUUUAACCACAAAAUCGCUGAAGAAAAAAAUAUGGAUAUGAUCCCAGAUCUAAAUCUAGCAAUUAACGUGCUAGAGAACGGGAUAUGGGGAGGAGUGUAUUACACUCCUCUGGCGGUGGAGGGAUCCAGGGUGGUGCACCGCAAUGUGGCCCUCCAGUGUGAGAAUAUUGGCGACCUCAACUCCCUACGUUGGUUCGAAGUGCCAGAACCUUCCAGUCCUGGGAUUGGAGUAACGGUUUACUUCGCCGGUCUCAACAAUAACGAUACGAAGAAGGCUAUAGGCGUGCUCCCCACUGUAAAUAGCGAGGUGCAGAAUUCUUACGGGAUGGAUUUCAGUGGAGUGACUGAUAGGGGAGUACGCGUAAUGGGCAUAGUGCCGAGCGGAUCCGCUAGCAAGCGCCUUAAAGGCUUGCCGCAACUGCUGUGGCCAGUCCCGGACCACUGGACCAUGGAGGAGGCGGCUACAGUCCCGCUGCCUUAUGCCCACGCCUUCUACUGCCUUGCAAUCAGAUGCAAGAUAUACGCGAAUCAGAGCAUCCUGGUCCAUGGCGGCGCAGGCGCACUGGGACAGGCCGCCAUCGCGAUCGCACUCGCGAACGGCUUGGAAAUAUUUACCACCGUCAGCGAUAUGCACAAGAAACGCUUGCUUAUGAGAUUGUUCCCCGAGUUGAAAGAGGACCAAAUAGGAAACUCCCGGGACAACAGCUUUGGCGAUAUGGUGCUGUCCGUCACUAAAGGUGAAGGCGUCAAUCUUGUCAUCAACUGUGUCAAGGGAGACCUAAGAAAUACUUCCAUCAGAUCCACUUCAAGCCUGGCUGUCAUUUUGGAAACCCAAAUCGAUGAAAACUUCAAUUUCGGGAUGUCCCACCUGUUCGGGGAUCGGAGCUACAUAACUGUUAAUUUCUCGUCAAUGUUUACGCAUAACAUUUUUGAUAAUAUGAAAAAACUCCAGUUACUCGUGAGUGAGGGUAUCUCGCGAGGGUACGUGCGUCCGCUGACGCGCGUGUCCUACCCUCCACACGAGGCGGCGCGUGCGUUGCGUUUGCUGGAAGCGAGCGGUCACCGCGGACGCGUGCUUCUGCGACUUGCUGAUACCACGCCGACUGCGCAUCCUAGAAUUACCUGUUCACCAGAUAAAUCCCAUCUGGUAUUCUGCGAUGACGAGUAUCAUGGUCUGCAACUAGCUCAAAGACUCAUUGAGCGUGGAGCCAAGAAAAUAGUCCUACAUCUUCCGACAGCUCCUACUUCUAUUGUUUUAACGAAACAAUUCUGGGAAAAGAAAAACAUUGAUGUGCAGACUUCAACAGUGGCUUUGAACGGAAUUUCAAACAUUCAUACCUUGUUGAAAGACUGUGUGACCAAAGGCCCAAUAGAAGGUAUUUACUUCGUAGCUACAACAGAGAAGAAAAGUAAUCAAGAAAUCUUGAGUGCGUUGGAUGUUUUAUCUAGGAAGAUAUGUUUGUCUUUAAAAUACUUUGCCAUUAUGAGUAUCGACAAAGAAUUUGGGAAUCGAACCUGUAUUUCGAGGGAGCAAGCCCGUUUACCAGCUACUAAAAUUAUACUACCAAAAAUAAACAGGUUGAAUGCCUCAGAUGAGUCUGAGAUGGCAGUUUCCUGGAGCAGCGCACUGGAUGCCUUGGAAAACGCAGUGAGGUCACCCAUAACCGUUGUUCAAGCGCAUCUUAGAUGUGACGAAAAACUAGGGCUAUUGCAAAAGAUAGUCGCUACAGCUGAUAUAAAAAUUAAAAGGGAUGUAGAAGACACUACAAUUCUAAGAGACAUUGGUGUGGGCCAAGAAAAGGCGAUGAACGUUGCUGCUCUAUUCAAGGAUGAAUACCACAUGUGCUUGUCCGCAGACGACAUCCCUCUGCUAAGCAUGAAACAAAUCCAAGAAAUUGACCAAAGCAGUGGGACAAUAUUGAAAGAGGUCAAAGGUUUGGACAUCUUCUUUACCCAUGUGGAUACCGAUGAGUUAACGGCUACCACGGAGAUGGUGUUUAUGCCCACUUUACUCUGUGCUACUAUGAGAGACGAUGAGAUCGACAUGAAUGCAACCACGUUGUGCAUCGUCCCAGGGUUGGAAGGUCACUGUGAACGCUUCAGGGAACUGUGUGAGAGACUCAAGUUGGCAGCAUUAGUCUUGCAGCCAAGCCUUGACUUUUUGGAUGAAAGUAUUCAGGAGACAGCUAAGAGAUAUGCUGAGAUCCUGCUGAAGAGAAUAAAUUAUAACGAAAAUAAGAAGUUUUACCUAGUGGGCUAUGAGAGUGGAGUCUUGGUGGCAUUGGAAUUAGCAACAAUACUGGAAGGACUUGGAUACGAUGGCAUCGUUUACUGUAUUGGAGACGCACCAGAACAAUUCAAGAUGCUUCUUGAGGCAGAGCUCCAAGGAUUUGAUGAAGACGGAUUAAUCCGUCACAUGUUCGGCUUGAUGGGCGGGAAGUAUGGGGUGGCGUUCAGCGAGGGUUCAUCGUGGGAGGAGAAGGUGGAUGUAUGCGUACGAGCGUUAUUAGGCCGUGUGCCGCAGUCUGCGCAAUAUGUGCGCAGUCAGUUCAACGCAGCGUUGGCACGGCUCAUCCAAGCUACUCAGUACACCCCUUGCCUAAAACCUUUGCGCUCUCGCCUCAUCCUCAUUCGUCCUAACAGCUUUAAAUCCCUCGACCCUGAACCUUUGCAAAAGUACUCCCAUCAACCCAUAACAGUCCACAACCUGAGUUCAAGUCUCGCGCAUGCGCUGAAGGACCUACGCUGCGCUACCAUCAUCAACCAACAUCUAGAUCCAGAAUUAAGGGAAGAAUUCGAAAAGAAGAAUCUUUGCGAAACAUAUCUUUUGAAUGCGGAUAGUUACAUGACCAUGGAAGAUUUUGAUGAUGAAGGCAAAUAAUUUAGAAGGAUUACUUUGUGUUUUAGGGAUUUUGGGAUUAUUAAGUUUGUUACUGACUGUUGAAUAAAAAAUUUGGAGAAACCUAAACUUUUUGUAAAAGAUACAAUACAUAAAUUAAUAAAUAGC